AGUGAAUCCUAGUCAAAACAUGCUCUCAGCUUUUUCCAAAGAAACUGAUAUUGUGAUUGAUAAACCUGUUGUGGAAGAUACUACAGUUCCCGAUCCAGAAGAAAAUAGUUCUCAUUUUAUUAAUAUUCUUGUAGAAUGUUUAGCACUUUUAAAUAAAGUUCCGGAAGCAGUAGAGACAAUUAAAGAGCGAAGCCAGAAAGAACUGAUGGCAAUUGUUAGCCGAACGACUCAAUACGUCUUAGAUAAUACUCAAAACUUGCCAAUAAUGCCUGUUCCAACUGGAAGUUACGUAUCUGGAUUUUUACAGAAUCCUUCUCAAGCUCAAUUGUUGCUUGAACUUUUUGAACUUGUAUUUGAACAAUUUUGUUGCGUGGUUAAUGCUCAUAAAUGUGUACUUGCUAAUCUUAAAAGAAUUGCUUCAUCAAAUUCACAACAUGGAGAGUUGCUGUUAUAUGAAAUGCCUGACAUAUGGUCCAAAGUUCAGACAGUGUUAGAGAUUCUUGCUGGACAGUAUCUUGACAUUCAAAAUACUACUACAAACAGACAGCAGGCUCCUCCAGCAUUUUCUGAAGUUACUGCUGCAAGCGAUAUUUCUUCAUUUUAUGCAAAGAAAAGAAGUGUUAAACCAAAAACAUUUUCUCUUUUUAGAUUUGAUAGUUCUUCACAUGCUAUAAGUAUGAAUACUUAUCUUCAAGAACAAAAGGAAGCAAUGAAAGAGAAGGUACUAUUUAAAUGUAAAUUAUUAUUUUGAAAUUUAUUCACUAUACAUAA